AUGGGGUCUACACAAUUUGGAAAAUUCCAGGACUUCUGUCGCGACUCGACACUUCCCAUAUGCAAUAUCCUCACAAAUAACAAUCAACCUCCGGGAAAAAACUAUGGCGGCUGCAUCCUUCGCGGCAUCACGCUGAGUAACAACAGAAAUCUCGCCAACCUCGGUUCCAUACUAUUCUGCGGUAUCGCAAUCCUGGUAACGGCAUUCCUGCUAUGGCGAACAGAGCGGAAAGCGGCGGCAGUCGGUCGCCGAGAAAUGCAGUUGUUUCUGCUUGGAUUUUUUGUCAUCGAGAUAUGCGAGAUCUUCACCGUGGGCGGCUUUCCACUGGACAACGAUGUGCGCAAGGGCUUCACAGCUGUUCACCUGGCAGCCAUUACUGCGACGACCUGGUUAUUGCUAAUGAACGCUGUGGUUGGGUACCAGUUGCUUGACGAUGGCACGCCAUUGUCGCUAGGUCUGAUCGGAGGAAGUGCCCUGGCCCUCUUUAUUGGAACAGGAUAUAUCGCGCUCGACACGGCAUUCUCUUGGACUGGAUACUGGGAUUCGUCGCUUCACCCGCCCCACCGCAACAUUGCGCUCUAUGUGCUUUACCAGCUGGCGCCUUUGGUCUUCAUGUUCUUCUUCUUCGUUUUCGAAUCAAUACUCGUGCUAAGGGUCCUCGGGGAGACAAAACCAAUGGUUUAUCUGGUUGCGGCUGCGCUACUCUUCGCCAUAGGGCAGAUUUUCGAAUAUGUGAUAUCGGUCCACAUCUGCAACCCCACUCACGGAAAGAUCAACGGCGCCCUCUUCGAAACUCUGUUUACAUUGCUGAGUGUUGUUGCAGUGUUCGUGUUCUGGUCCUCUAUCACCGAAGACGACUGGCCUAUACAGUAA